ACUGUGCAGGGAGAGAGAGAUCGCAAGUCUGGACCUAAAGCCGAGAAAUCAACAGUAGAGCUGCAGGACAUUUUCAAAGAAGGCCCAUCCCGAGGAAUAAACACAGAAGAAUUUAAAAAGAGAAAGUCUCUACUGGGAGAUACCUGGAAGUCUAGAGAACAGUUUAAGAAUCAGCACUUAAACCAGGAGAAGUAUCUGGGACACGAUAAAGUCACCUGUAUGGAAAUUCCUGCCAAAGAAGGAGAUACAGAAUCUAAUGAAUUUGGAAAAGUUUUCACUCUACAAUCAAUAGUUUCAGAACAGAGUGAUCUUAUACAAGAGUGUUUUCAUGAACAUGGUACACAUGGAAAAAUGUUCAAACAAAACUCAGAGUUAAUUAUACAAAGGAAGUGUGAUGGAAAGAAACCUCGUAAAUGUGGUGGAUGUGGGAAAACCUUCAGAGACCACACUGCUCUUGUUCAACAUGAAAGGACUCAUACUGGAGAGCGACCCUAUAAAUGUAAUGUAUGUGAAAAGGGAUUUAACCAGAGUUCCCACCUAACAAACCAUCAGAAGACUCAUACAGGAGAAAGACCCUACAAAUGCAAUGAAUGUGAGAAGGCCUUCAGUUAUUGCUCAGUCCUUAUGCAACAUCAGAGAAUUCAUAGUGGGGAGAGACCAUAUGAAUGUACUGAAUGUGGCAAGACAUUCAGUCGUAGCACAUACCUUACUCAGCAUCAAAGAAUUCACACGGGUGAGAAGCCCUAUAAGUGUCUGGAAUGCGGAAAGGCUUUUAGGCAGAGCACGCAUCUUACUCUCCAUCAGAGAAUUCAUACUGGAGAGAAGCCUUAUGAAUGCAAUGAAUGUGGUAAAACCUUCAGUCAGAGUGCACAUCGUACUCAACAUCAGAGAAUUCAUACGGGAGAAAAGCCCUAUGAAUGUAAUGACUGUGGAAAAGCUUUCAGUGAUCAUUCAGCUCUUAUUCGACAUCAUAUCAUCCACACUGGGGAGAAACCUUAUGAAUGUAGUAACUGUGGGAAAGCUUUCAGUUACUGUUCAGAUCUCAUUCAACAUCAGAGAACACAUACUGGAGAGAAACCAUACAAAUGCAGUGAAUGUGGGAAUGCCUUUAGUGAUUGUUCAGCCCUUAUUCAGCAUCAAAGAAUUCACACUGGAGAGAAGCCCUAUGAGUGUAAUGAAUGUGGGAAGGCCUUUGGUAACUACUCAGCUCUUAUUCGACAUCAGAGAACUCAUACUGGAGAGAAGCCCUAUGAAUGUAAGGAAUGUGGAAAAACCUUUAGCAGAAGGACAUACCUUGCUCAACAUCAGAGAAGUCAUACAGGUGAUAAACCAUAUAAAUGUAAUGAAUGUGAGAAAACUUUCACCCAGAGUUCAUUCCUUACACAACACAUGAGGGUUCAUACUGGAGAAAAACCCUACAAAUGUAAUGAAUGUGGGAAAGCUUUCAGCGACCGCUCAGGGCAUAUUCAGCAUCAGAGAACUCACACUGGAGAGAAGCCCUAUGAAUGUAAUCAUUGUGGGAAAGCUUUCAGUUUCUGUUCAGCUCUUAUUCAACAUCAGAGAAUUCAUACUGGAGAGAAGCUCUAUAAAUGCAAUGACUGCGGAAAAGCCUUUAGUGAUAGGUCAGCACUUAUUCAACAUCAGAGAACUCACGCUGGAGAGAAUCCCUAUAAAUGUAACGUAUGUGGAAAAGCCUUCAGUCAGAAUGCAAGCCUUACAAAUCACCAGAAAACUCAUUUUAGUGAAAAAUCCUGUAAAUGCAGUGAAUGUGGAAAAGCCUUUAGUUACUGCUCAGGCCUUAUUCAACAUCAAAUCAUUCAUACUGGAGAGAAACUUCAUGAGUGCAGUAAAUGUAGCAGAGCCUUUAGCCGGAGGACGGACCUUAAAAAACAUCAGAAAAUUCAUACUGAAGAGAAACUCUACAAAUGUAAUGAAUGUGGAAAAGCCUUCAGCCAGAGCACAUAUCUUACAAAACACCAGAAAAUUCAUAGUGGGGAGAAACCAAAUAUACAUACUGAGUGUAGGAAAACAUUUAGACAAAACUCUUCUAUUCGACAUGAAAAAUCUCGCGCUGGAGAGAAAUCCUCUGAAUGCCUUGAGGGUCUGGCUACUGUGGAGACCCUUCCCAGGGAAACAGAAGGAGGAUCAUGAAAACUGUUAAUUAGAGUGGCCACAUUGUUUAGUGGGAGGCACACAUCUCUGGGUUUUAAAGGUCCUGGGUUCCAAUCUCAGCUCUAUUACCAACUAGUUCUAUUACUUACUUUAGGGUAAGUCACUUUACCUCUUCAUGCCUUAAUUUACUCACCUAAAAAAUUGGAAGGCCUGAUUAAUUGAUCUUUAAGAUCCACAUUUAUUUUAUUUAUUACCAAUGCAUGUUUUUAUAGAUGUGACUCUCAAAUUGUGACUUAUUUAUUCUACAACAGGUCUGAUUUACAAUGUGAGGAUGUAGUAGUUAUUAGGAAUUCAAUAAAGAUAUAGACUACAUGCUAUUUAUUACCUUUGUAUUGGUCCUCCAAAAUUAAACAUACCAUGAGUAUUCAAGGAGAUUGAGACAUAAAAUAGUAUAAAUUAUGCUAAUUAUUGCAGUAGGAAGGUUGGGGUCUUGAUUAAGAAUAUGGUGUUUGAUAAAUCCUCAAAAAGAGUGAAUCAAAUUGUUGGUAAAGGCUGGCUUACCUAGAAUCCACCCAAAUUUAAUGUUGCAAUAUACAUUUUCUCUAUUAAGUUGAAUUGGUCACUAUCAUGUCCCAGGUGAAAAGGAACUAGAAAACAGUUCUAAAGUCUUGAGCAGGUUACCAAGAAAAGAUGAAAUUGGAAAAUGCAUUUGUUGUUUCCAUACCUUAAACAUGUAAAGACCACGUGAAUGAGAAUAAAACUUGAGAUCCCAUACACCUA